GGAGCGGGGAGCCAUGGCCGCGGUGACGAGGGGCACCGCGACGCGCCGCAGCCGCCUGAAGCGCUCGGACGGCAGCACCACCUCCACCAGCUUCAUCCUGCGGCAGGGCUCAGCAGAUUCGUACACGAGCAGACCCUCAGACUCUGAUGUCUCUUUGGAAGAGGACAGGGAAGCAAUCCGCCAGGAAAGGGAGCAGCAAGCAGCCAUCCAGCUUGAGAGGGCCAAGUCCAAACCAGUAGCAUUUGCUGUCAAGACCAACGUGAGUUACUGUGGGGCUCUGGAUGAAGAUGUUCCUGUCCCAAGCACUGCCAUCUCCUUCGAUGCCAAGGACUUCCUCCACAUUAAAGAGAAAUACAACAACGACUGGUGGAUAGGGAGGCUGGUGAAGGAGGGCUGCGAGAUCGGCUUCAUCCCGAGCCCGCUGCGCCUGGAGAACAUCCGCAUCCAGCAGGAGCAGAAGAGGGGCCGCUUCCACGGAGGGAAAUCCAGUGGGAAUUCUUCAUCAAGCCUUGGAGAGAUGGUUUCUGGCACAUUUCGAGCCACACCUACAGCCACAGCAAAACAGAAACAAAAAGUGACAGAACAUAUUCCCCCCUAUGAUGUAGUGCCAUCCAUGAGACCUGUGGUGUUGGUGGGCCCAUCACUCAAAGGCUAUGAGGUGACAGACAUGAUGCAGAAAGCUCUCUUUGACUUCCUGAAGCACAGGUUUGAUGGGAGGAUAUCCAUAACCAGAGUGACAGCUGACAUCUCCCUGGCCAAGAGGUCUGUGCUCAACAACCCCAGCAAGAGGGCGAUCAUUGAGCGCUCCAACACCAGGUCCAGCCUAGCUGAAGUGCAGAGUGAGAUUGAAAGAAUCUUUGAGCUGGCCAGGUCCUUACAGCUGGUUGUCCUGGAUGCAGACACUAUAAAUCACCCUGCACAGCUUAUCAAGACAUCUCUAGCACCAAUUAUUGUCCAUGUGAAGGUGUCCUCUCCAAAGGUUCUGCAGCGACUGAUCAAGUCCAGAGGGAAGUCACAAAGCAAACACUUGAACGUCCAGUUGGUGGCAGCUGAUAAACUUGCACAAUGCCCACCAGACAUGUUUGACGUGAUCCUGGACGAGAACCAGCUGGAGGACGCCUGCGAGCACCUGGCCGAGUACCUGGAGGCCUACUGGAGAGCCACGCACACGUCCAGCGCCGCGCCCAUGACGCCCCUGCUGGGCAGGAGCCUGGGGCCCUCGGCGCUGUCCCCGUACCCCGCCGCCAUCUCCGGCCUGCAGAGCCAGCGCGGGAGGCACGGCGGCCACUCCGCGGAGAACUCUCCCCUCGAGCGCCGCAGCCUCGUGACCUCCGACGAGAACUACCACAACGAGAGGGCUCGCAAGAGCAGGAACCGCUUGUCUUCCAGUUCCCAGCACAGCCGAGAGCACUAUCCCCUCGUGGAAGAGGAAUUCUCUGACCCCUACCAGGACUCGUACAAGCCCCACCGCAACCGCGGCUCCCCCGGCGGAUACAGCCACGACUCGCGGCACCGGCUCUGAGUCCUGGGGCUGGGGCACAACAGCAUCCACCCGUUGGUACCUUGCCAUAACGUAGCUAGGAGUAACAAUUAGAUCAUGUUAAUUUGGCAGGUGUGACGGUGACAACUGCAGUUGCACUCUGCUGUCAUUGAUGUUUGAUUAGGGGGCAGCAAAACCCAGCCCGGCCCUUCCGUUUCUGCCCGAUCAUAGAGGUUGUUUUUUGGGAUUAUUUUUUGGGUUUAAUACAGCAUUUGCAUUUAUAGCCAUAUUUUUUUCUUGUCCUUAGGUAUUAGACACAUCCGUUUGUAAUUUUGGGUACUUAUCGAGGCACUUAUAAAAUAAUUUCCUGUGCUGGAAAUUCCAAAUGACCAGUUCCAGUUGGAACCAAUUUAUAAACCAAUUCCUGUUGGAAUUUGGGUGAAUUGACUGGAAAGUCGACGUGAGCAUGUUGGGAAAAAAAAAAAAAAACAAACACAAAGAAAAAUCUGAAAAUUACAAACCACUGCAAGUCAGAAAGUCAGCUCCAGUAUUUGUUUGCUGGGAGCUCAAUUUCCAUUUCAGGUUAGAGUAAAAGGAUUUAUUCUAACGAUUUCUUUCCAGAAUGGCUUUUUCAGACAAACCAAAUGUAAACUCUCGAGAGUGCCAAAUAUCCCAAAUUAUUGCAGCAGUUACAAAACACUUCCCAGUUCCAAAUUAUUUUUAGACCUGGCAUGAAUGUUGCAGGCAAAUGAUUCUUGAGUUCAGCCAGUCCUGACAGUUUUGCUGGGACCAGCAGGGAGGAACUGCGGCAGGAGACGGGAAAUAGGGACAGGAAAAGGAACAAACUCCAUCGUUUGUGUGCUUGGAGGUUAGGAAUAGUCUUUAUUUUUUCCCACUCUUUUACCUGAAUACAGCCAGAAGUCCCAAAAUGGAACAGGAGUAUAGAGGCAUCAGAUUUUUCUCCCAUUUUUAUCCUGCUUUUGAAAUGGAAAACAAUCCCCUCCUCCGACCCCGUGUGUCAAGUCCCUACAUCCCAGUACCCCGAGUAGCUGCCCACGUGUUCCAUCUUCCCAAAUCCACCUCUGAAUGUCUGACAAUUCCAGCGGCGCACAAGAACUCUCCAGAAGAUCCAUUCCAGCCAUGAAAUCCAAGGGGAGGGAGUGGGCUUGUCCAGUCAUCGGUGAUGAACAUUUCAAACAACAUCUCCUUCAGAAUUGCAAUAAAAAGGGAACAUCAGACACAAAUCUGCUCCCAGGGAAGUGGUGGAGCUGAUUCCAAGCUUUGGAUUCCAAGAGCUGUGAUAAAUCCUUGGAGAUAUUGCUGCCUUACUUCCUACCAAUCAUUUCUUUCACCUGCUGAUUCUUGAGUUCCUUCCAAGAGAUGAAUUUCUGUGGUUGGACCUUGUGUUUUACACCAUCAGUGAAGCCUUAGAUCCCAUGGGAUUGAAAAUUGACCCCCAUUGGCCAUUUUGUGCAACCACUGGCAUCUUCCAGCAGAGCCUCCCGAAAUUCCCAGCGCACACAUUCCCUGGAAUUGACACCGUUACGAUGCUGAACGUGCAUUUGUUUAUUGUCACAACUAUUUUUGUUUUCUUCCCAAAAUAAGGAUCAUUAACUUUUUUUAUUUGCUUGUUUUCCUCCCAAAGCCUGCUGAACCCAGGCUUUGAAAGCAUGUAGCACUGCAGGAAUUUCUGGAAUAUUCCAGUUUCUUCUACUGGCAAAGACCACUGGUGUUUCCAGCAUCCUGGAGUCUGAUUAUCCUCUUGAAGUUACUGGGAAAAGCAAUCCAUGUCCUUUGUGGGGCACCCAAACCUACACCCAUCCCCACAGCAUUAAAAGGGGGCAGACACCUGAUUAAUGAAUCAUUUUAAUGACCCCACUGCCUAACAGGCAGCUGCAGCACCACUGGGUGAUCCCAGUGGAGCAGAUACCAGGGAAAAUGGGGAAAUCUCUGCAUCCACUGGAGUCCCAGAGCUCUGCAUGGAUCUGCCAGACCUGAUCCUGCCCAAUUCCCUCUGGCUGCAGAUGCCAGCGGAGCUCUGAGGCUGAGGGAGCGUGGCAGGACCUGGCACUGGCAGCUCCUGCAGGAUUCUGUGCUGCAGCACAGGGGAGCAUCCUCCAGGAGGUUCUCCAGCCCUUUUUCCGUGUCCAGCACACAGAGAGGACAGAGGAGGCCUUGGGUGACCCCUUCUUCUCUGAGCUUUCCUUGUUUGUGCUUUGAAGUCCUGAGAAGCUGUAGAGCCCUGGGCAGCAGCUGCUUCUCUUUAUUCUGCACUAGAUUAGGGAUCAGCUCGUUAACUGCUUGAGGAGAUUUGCAUAUUUGCAGUCAGAUAUUUCCUAGAGCCUUUUGGAGCCUUGUUUUCAGUCUUCCAUGUCACCCCAGGCCAGGGAAGGAUCCCCAGCCACCACGCUCUGCACAAUCCAUCACCUGAACAUCUCAAGUGCCAAAACGACUUGGGUUUGACAAAAACAAACGUGUGAGGGAAGUCAGGGAUGGGCCUGAGGUCCUUUAUUCCGUGGGGUUAAGCUGCCUUCACUCCUGGGUGUCCUGAGCUUCUCCCAGAGCCCAUUCCAUUGGGAUCAAAGGAACCAGGGGCCCUGCAGGUCCCCGUCCUUGCUGGGGUGUUGAAUUCUUUGGAAAGAGAUAUUCCUGAAGUACAAAUACACCAGCCAGGCUGGGAGACUCUUCAUUUACUGCAGAUACUAUGGGCAGUGUUUGUUUGAAGAAGGGAUUUCUGUUCAGGACACAGAAAGGAGUGGAAGCUGUGCUGGGGAUCAGGAUUGGUAAUUCCUGGUGGGAUUCCAGCUCUGUUGUGGUUUAGUUGAAAUUGUGGAGUUCAUGUGUUCCUGACUGAAGCAAUCCAGCCCCAUUCUCCAGUCCUCACAUCAUUUCUUGUUGUUAAAAUAAUACUAAAGACCAGAGCUCUGUUCUGAGCUCUGGCAGGAACAGAGGUUUUAGAAAUGUUUAUAAAACAGGGAGUUUUUUAAAGUUUUGUUGUUACCCAUAUUUCUCAUUCAGACACUUAGGGAUUAACAAAGAUUUAACCAAUCAAGGUGAUAACAACAAUCUCUAAAGAGAAAAUUGAGCACGUUCUUAUGUCUGGGAAUCAAUUAUUUUAAUUGUUAACCUUUGAAUUUCAAAUACUUUCUCCCUGGAGUUGUAUUUAACAUGUACAGAUUCUUUUCCUGAUGCCAAACAUUUCUCCCAUGGGAUGUGCAACUCACAGCUGCUGAUAUUUGUAACUUCAGUUUGAUGCCAAAUCUUCUGAAUUCAGUUUGGUCUCAGCACCACAGAAUUCCCUGGAGCAUCCAGACUCUCCUGUCUUUACUGACUUCACCAUUCUAAAACAAUAUUGUUAUUCCUGUUCACAGCACACUGAUUUGGGUAAGUCAGGGGUUCUGACACUCCUUUUUUCUUUAAUAAUCCAUUAAAUGUGUCCUCUGCUGUCUUUUCUUUCACAGGUUCAGUACCUCUGAAACUUGUCCUUGAUCCCACAUUCCUGAUUUUUUUUUUUAAAGGCAAAAUAAUUGGAGACUACACGUGACAAAAUCAGAUGCGUGUUUUAUAAAAUGCCAUUUAUACAAAACUGGGUUUGCUCCUAAAAAUGUGCAUUUUAAAAUCAAGUUCUGUUAUCCCUGCUGGUGCCAGUCCAGGUUUGGAUCCCUGGAAUUCUGCUGCCAUGUAUUUUGUUGGAGUUGCCUCUCAUUCCCUCAAAUAUUAGUCUUACAAAGGCUGCAGGAUCCUGUAAUGCAGCCAAGCUUAACUCUGGGGAAAUGGGAGUUUAAAUGAUCCUAAAAGAGAGUGUGGUGUCGUUCUAAGAGGCAUUUGAAUAACCUUGGUGAGGUUGUUACCAAGCCCAGUUUAUUUUAUAUAGAAAAAUAAAGGCGUAUCUUUAAAAAAAAAAA